GUCUUCUUGGGAGAUGGAAUCUCUAACUGCUCUUUGUGAUACCCUCUUACCUGCCGUUGAUCCGCCGGAGUCUACAACCGAUGAGUCGGUCGUCCGGUUUUACAGGACGUCAGCUUCCAUGAAUGGGACUCCGGAGCAUUUUCUGUUUUGGAAAUCUCCUUCUCCCUUAUGGGAGUUGUGAGUAUGGUUCUUUUGUUUUUAGGUAUGAGAAAGUAUUCUCAUUGGUCGAAGUUCGAGACUCAACAUGAAGGUAUUGGAAUCUCGGAUGCGGUCAACCUGACUCGAUCAAGAAUGUUCUUCCCAAGCUAUAUCAGAAUGAUGGACUUCCUCAUCAAUAGCUGCUUGAUUCAACAAAUACAAGAGGGUUGUGAUGUAUUGUUCGAUCUGGUUCAUUGUAGUUUCUUCGAAGACGAAUUUGAUUUAGUCUUGUUUGAUUGUAUCUUGUUUUACUUUAAUACCUAUUGUAGAUGCCGUUUGACCUUCAAUUAAUGAAAUUUCUCUUUCAAAAAAAAAAAAAAGAAACCAACUUUCAAAAGCUUUUUUUUUACUAUUACAUAAGUAAUAAACAUAAUCGAUAAGUUCGUCUCAAUGUGAGAAUAAUCUCAAAUAUUAACUUUGUAAAAGUUCCACUAAUGUAUAAUUAGAGAUAAUUCUCAAAAUCUCAAACAUAAGUAAUAAACAUUUUUCAAUUCUUAAGAGAAAAUUUACCUGUUAAAAGUUGAAACCGCUACCAAAAAAUAUACUAUCUUCCUUUUUCUCUACCAUUUCUGAUUUGCGAUAUCUUUAAUUUUAAAUUUGUAUAAGUAAAGAUCAUUAAUAUUUUUAAAAUAUAUAUUGAGAUGGAUCUAACAAAAUCGCAAAUGAUUAUACCAUUUUCUAUAUAAAAAUAAUAUAAAAUAGUCAAAGUGAAACAUAUAAAUAGUGUACAACAUCGUAUGGUAGAAGAUAAAUUAAAAAACAAUACUCCCUCCGUCCCAAAAUAUAGUUCACACUUCUAUUUUUUCACGGGAAUUAAGGUAAGUAGAAUCUAAGAGAGGUAGUAAAGAUUUUUUGUUUAUUUAAAUAAUUGUUGCAUGAGAAAAGAUGAUUUUAGGAGAGGGAAUGAAGAAUAAUUGUAUGUAACACUUGGGUUGAAUAAACAAAGCAAAAAACAAAAUUCAAGAAGCAAAUAAAUGAUGGGGACACGAUUUUUCUAGAAAAAUUACAAAAAAAAAAAAUGUGAAACUAAUAUAGAAACGAGAACUAUAUUUUGAGACACCUAAAAUAAAAAUGGGAACUAUAUUUUGAAAUAGAGGGAGUAGUUGUGAUUUUUUAGCCUACAUAUUUUGGUUUCCUAACACGAAACUUUAAUCAUUAAUCUCUUAAAAUUGAUAUUUAUAGGGGCACGAAUAAAACUAUUUUUGUAUGUGUUACUGUUAAUUACAAAUAAUUGUUAAAGUUGAGGAUCAAAAGAGCAGAAACAUUAUAAAGGGACGAAGAUGGAGCUAUUUGGUUUGACGAAUCAUAAAUUUAUUGAUGUGGCUAACAAUUAUCCAUCUUUAAAAUUUUUGGGUAUGACAUGAAGGUAGGUAGGAUGAUAAGCCAGAGACUUCGGCAACAUGUGUUAUUGGGGAGAAUUAUACUGGUUUUGUUGGCCACGAGGUUAGGAACAUUUGUAUUGGGCUUAUUGGGUGGAGGAUUACCCAAUUUAUCUCCUCGUUACCCAUUUCUCCUCAAGUGCUCAGAGAUGUCUCUUGAAAAACGCCAACAACUAGUUCUCUCUUGGCGUACCAGUUGGUUCUAUCUAGUUCGAAUGAUCUUUUUUGGCAUGAAACGCCUCAUUUCAGUAGUCUACUUUACUCAGGUCGACGACAAUGAAGAUUAUAAUCCAAUAUGGGAAGCAAUAGGAUAUUGUGGACCGGACCCAUACUUCAUAUCCAAAAAAGCCAGUGAAUCAAACAAACAAUCAGCAUACCUCACACCCAAAUCCCUACAUAAUCAACCUAAAGAAGAUCUUUGUGGCCCAUUAUACAAAGGCAUUAUUAAUGUAAAGUGUACACAAGAAAUACUCAUUGAGUCUCUUAAGCACUCCAACUUCCAAGUCUCAAUCAACCGCAAAAAGAAAGAUUGUCAAAUGCAAGUGAUUACCAUCAAAUGUGAUGUUGUUGUGGUAGGUUCUGGCAGUGGUGGCGGCGUUGCUGCAGGUGUUUUAGCUUCAUUAGGCUACAAAGUUCUUGUUAUUGAUAAAGGAGAUUACUAUGCAAGGACAAAUCUUUCUCUCUUAGAGGGUCCUACUUUAGAUCAAAUGUAUGAAGGUGCAGGGUUAUUAUCAACUAAGGACUUAGGUGUGAAUAUAUUGGCAGGAUCAACAGUUGGAGGUGGAUCAACUAUAAAUUGGUCAGCCUCAAUACGAACACCACCACACGUAAUUAAAGAAUGGGCUGAUGUGCAUGAACUUGAGAUUUUCGAUAGUCCUUUAUAUAAAGAGGCUCUUGAUGUGGUUUGUGAAAAGAUGGAGGUGCAAAGUGAUAUAGAUGUAAGUGAUGAAGGAUUCAAUAAUGCAGUGCUUAGAAAGGGUUGUUUAGAGUUAGGAUAUCCUGUUGUGAACAUUCCUCAAAAUGCACCGAAGAAUCAUAAUUGUGGUUGGUGUUGCCUUGGGUGCAAGGAUGGAAAGAAGAAAAGCACUUGUGAGACUUGGCUUAAAGAUGUAGUAAAUUCAGGAAAUGGAGCUAUACUAACAGGGUGUGAAGUUGCAAAAGUGUUGUAUGGAAGGCAAAAAGGGAGGAAUCGAGACACAGCUAAAGGAGUAAUGUUCGACAUUACAAGUAGUAAUGAUCGUCAAUCAUCAUGUGUUAUUGUAGAGGCGAAGGCAACAAUCAUAGCUUGUGGUGCACUCAAUACACCAGCAUUGUUAAGAAGAAGCGGACUAAACAACAAAAAUAUAGGAAAAAAUUUACACCUUCACCCUGUAGUUAUGGCUUGGGGAUACUUCCCCGAUUCAGAACCACUAUCAUCUUUGUUGUCGGACAACCAAGGUGAUCAAGUAUGGCCGGAAAAGCAGAAAAAGAGUUACGAGGGUGGUAUCAUGACCACCAUGUCUACUGUGGUAGCAGAUUUUAACGAUUCAGGGUAUGGAACAGUGAUCCAAACACCAUCAUUACACCCAGGUUUAUUCUCUGCCAUGAUGCCAUGGACCUCAGGCUUAAACAUUAAGCAUAGAAUGACUAAAUUUUCUCGAACAUCACACAUGUUUGCGCUUGCUCGUGAUAUGGGAUCAGGAGUCAUAUCUACUUCUCCUUUUGACAUUAAAUACAAGAUGCACCCAAUAGAUGAAGCUAAUCUACAAAAAGGAAUUGAGAAGAUGUUAAGGAUACUAGCAGCUGCAGGGGCUGAAGAGAUUGGCACUCACCAUUAUAGUGGAUCAAGCAUUAAUGUAAAGAAAGCUAGUUUUCAUGAGUUUGAGAAGUUCGUCAAGAAAGAGAGUUCGAAAGCGAUACAAGGUCUGUCUAUGCCCAUCGCCUCUGCCCACCAAAUGGGUAGUUGUAGAAUGGGGAUCAACCCUAGGACCUCAGUGGUGAACCAAAGGGGAGAAAGUUGGGAAGUGGAGGGACUUUAUUUGGCAGAUUCUAGUGUUUUCCCAACAGCGUUGGGGGUAAAUCCUAUGGUCACUGUGCAAGCUAUUUCUUAUUGCACCACUCAAUCAGUUCUUGAGUUUCUUAGGAGGAGGAAGACAUGUUGAAGCAUGAAUAAUUUAUCCUUUGAGGACACAUAUAUUAUCUACUUCUAGACCUUUAAGCCUUUGAUUAAAAGUAACUUAUAUGAUAAUUGUAAUGUAAUGUUUCAUAGUUUUAAAUUUGUCUGCAAUGUAUAUCUUUGUCCUGUAUGUAUAUGUUAUGACUCUAAGUCAAUGUUAUUUUGAUGAUGAUAAACACAUGUUAUUUUAUUGAUAAACGAAUUGUGCCAUAACUUGUAUGAGUGUAUCAGUGAUCUUAGAAAGCCAUGAAGGCUAGACGUUCGUGAAACAGUGAAGAACUUGAAGAUAUGGAAGCUUAGAUUUUGUUAUA